AGGAAAUAAUGAAGUACAUUAAUAAUAUAUUUAUUGUGGUUUAAUAAGAAGUUUAUUAUAUAUUUAGAUAGACUAACCUAUUUCUCUAAGGAUUCUAAGAAUCAUUCUAGUGAUGACACGUGACUACAAAAAAAUGUUGCAAUACUUCUCAAAUAAUAUAUAGGGGAUUACAAAAAGAAAUCACAUAUUUGUCCGUUUUGUGCUAGCCGGUUCAAGGUUUUCCGUAACUCAAAGUUGUAUACCCUUUAAUAGAAAAAACGUAUAUAUAAAAAUGUUUAAGAGUUUAUAUAUGAAAUUUAUAAAAAAUAGUUCGAAAAAAAAUAUAUCUAAAACCUAUUCUGCCAAAAACAAUUUCAGCUUUUGACCCACGAAACACGUUUGUCUCUGGAAAAAAAAUAUUUAUUCUAAAAACAAUAUUUAAAAAUGGACCUCCUAUCUUGAGAAACAAGGGAGUUACCCAUGAUUUUAGACACUGGAUACUCUAUGCGGAUCAUGUGGUUUUACUGUAGCUACACCAAUCUCUUUUUAGUCCAAGCUGAUUUUUUAUAUAUUUAAAAUAGUAUAUGUCAUGUCCUAAAACCCUGUUAAAAAAUGCGGCUGUCUACACGUUGUUCGGAGGUUGACUGCGGCGAAUAUGCCCAAAUCGGUGUAGCCAGGCGUUGAUCUGCGUAAGACCGCUUAGUUUCCGUUGACCGCCUAAUUCCCGCAUUGUCUGCUUAAGUUUUUUUCGUCCAUGUAAAGUUAAAACACAGUUGAUUAUUUUUUACUCAUUAUUGACAGAUUUUGUGUAAUUAUUCUUUACUAAAUAACUACAAUUAGCUAUCAAACUUAAAACAAACACAUACAUACUGCAUUUAGGGAAUUUUUCGUACCAAACACACCAUUUACGAAUCAAAAAGAGAUUGUUUAAAAUUAUAUAUAAAAAGUUAUAUGAUUAUGUCUAAGAACUUGUGUCAUCAUAUUUAAAAAUAGCUAAAUAUAUUAUAAAUAUAUUAAAUUGUAUUUAAAACUAGGCUCCGGAUAAUUUUCAAGUACUCCAUGAUUUUUCGGUAACUCGCUAAGUCCAGAAUUACCGACUGACUAGCGUCUAACAUAGUUCCGAACAUGGCUUAAAACUAAAAAUAACAUUAGACUUAGAUAAAUAAGCUUAGAUGGACAGUAUAAUUUGUUGAAUUUAUUAACCAAUAUACCAAACGACCACAACUUAACUAUGUAGAAUGUAGAUUGUGUAGUAUUUUCAUUGAAACUGAAUAAACCCUAUAUGCUGGUAGUAUUGUUAUUUGGUGGUGAUUAAUUUGAGGAGGAAAAGCCCAAUACGGUGAAGCUAUUAGGGUUUGAGUUUCGGUCACUAUAAUAUUUUGGCAUCGUUAGAGACAGAGGACCGACACGUGGCAACACGUGAUUAGUUUGGAUCACUUCUCUCGGACCAAUAUACUCUUGUAUAAUUCAAAAAAAAAAAAAAUCUUUAUCGUCACAAUAUAGUAGUCAUUAGAGAAAAACGAACGUCUCGCUAAAUAAUUCUAGAAUAAUGUCAUAUGCCGGGAGUAAGGAGCGUUGUCAAAAUCCUAUCACUGCUUUGGAUAUAAGUUUGCUGUUAGUGUGGAACACCUUCUUCUUUAUAAUCACUUUCGUCUUUUGGAUGCACGUUGUGGUGAGUCGCCUGCUUUUUCAUCGACUUCUCCUUCGCCUUGCACAUCGAAAAUCAAGAGCUACUACCACUAAAGUGUCAAAAUCUUGGGUUCUGUGAUUUUGGGGUUAAUAGGUCAGGAAUUUUAUGCUUUCUAAUUUAGUGUUUUUCUUGAUUCAUUCUGGUCGGGUCAUGUAGGUGUAAUCAGAUAAUAAUUCAGUUUCAUUCCAAUUUACUAUUGGUGUUAUAUUUUUAAUGAUUUACUAGAUCUUGACAUGCGCCUCCGCACGGGUGUUGGAUUUAACUUGCGUUCAAUGUAAAUUUAUAAACCAUUGAUUUUAUAAAAUGUACAUUUAUAUUUUUAUGUUUUGUAAAAUAUAUUUAGAGUAAAAUAUAUUAUAUUAUAAUAUAGAUGUUUGAUAAAAAAUUUUUAUCUGUACAUAAUAUUAUAUUUAUAAUUUUAUAACUUGAUGCAAUUUGAUGUAAUUGUAAUAUUCAUAUAUUAACCUAUUGAUUUUUUUGUUUAUUUAUUGAAAAUGAUUUAAUUUUUUAUAGUAGGUUUUUAUGAAUUAUUAUUAAUUUUAUGAUAUUUGGUUUUCUUGUAAAUUGUAUUGUAGCAAAUUAAUAUAUAUUAUAUAUUACAGUUUGUGUUUUUACUUUCAGUAAAAAGAAAUAACAAUUUAUCGUAAUUAAUUAAUUUAAAUUUUUGAUUUUAAGUGAAGUGGCAAAUUUGUAAAUAAAAAAGAAAUGCAAUGGCUAAAUGUGUAAAUAAAAAAAUAUUUAAUCUGCUAUCUUCAUUUCCAAACAAUUCACAUUUAAUCUACUAUCCAAGUUUUCAAACAACAAAAUCUGUAAAUGAAAAAGAAAUAUGGUGACUAAAUAUGUAAAGAAAAAAAAUAUUUAAUCUGUUAUCCUUGUUUCCAAGCAACUUUCAUUUAAUCUACUAUCUAAGUUUUCAAACAGUAUCAAAAGGUAUUUUAAUUUUAAUAAUAUAGAUUUGUAAACGGUAAACCGAUUAACGUUUAGGUUUAGAAUUUUCAUGUUUCGAACUAUGAUUUUGGAGUGUAUAUAUAUAUAUCUAAAUUUGAAAAGCUUGACAUUAAUUUGUUUCUGGGAAUAUGUAAUACGAAGUUUUUGUUUUGAUCAUUUCUAGUACUAUAAAAUAGUAUUCUGGAAAAAUAUACUAUUGUUUUUUCAAAAAAAAAAAUAUACUAUUGUUUAUCCCAAAAUUAACAGUGGAAAAAACAUAGAAAAUCGUGGAAUUUGCUCCACUAUUUGAAAAUUAAAGGUGUAGAAAAUUUGUAGAGGAAAUAGUAAUUUUGUUACUAUUUGACGAAUGAGAACAAAAUCAGCCUUCAAAUACUUACAAAUCCCAAUAAAAAACUUCAUCUCCAUGUGUACAUGAGAGUGUCAACGACAAGUCUACACCAAGGCUAAGAUGUCAACAAAGACCACACAACACAUCUUACUUUUAGUUUGUAAAGGCUGUUCGUUGGACAUUUCAUCCUCUCCAUCUCUCUCCUCUUUUUUCUCUAUAAACUCUCAUCUCUCACAUUUUUUUUGCAUUCUCCAACAAGACCUCAAAUUUCAUUUACCUUAUUCUGACUAGCUCAUGGAUAACACCAACCGUCGUCGCCGUCCUAAACAACACAAAGUCACUCUCGAAGACUCUGAAGAAGUGAGCAGUAUCGAAUGGAAGUUUAUCAAUAUGACAGAACAAGAAGAAGAUAUUAUCCUUCGAAUGUAUAGACUUGUCGGUGAUAGGUGGGAUUUAAUAGCAGGACGAGUGCCAGGAAGACAGCCAGAAGAGAUUGAAAGAUACUGGAUUAUGAGAAACAGUGAUAGCUUUGCUGAAAAACGACUCCAACUUCACCACUCUUCCUCUCAUAAAAAUAACAAACUUCAUCGUCCACGUCCCUCUAUUUACCCUUCUUAGUUUUUAGUGCCAUUUAUAUUUUCUGCCUCACAACAAAAAAUGGUGUAAUAGUUGCAGUUUUAUUUAGCAUAACGAAAAUUGUAUGUUUAUUUUGUCGUUUUUUAUUUUAAUGUUCUAAUUAGUAAUCAACUAUUAAUGAUCGGUGUGGUUAAUAAUAAUAUUAUAUAAACAAUUUUUUUGAACACUUAAUAUAAACAAAUUGCAAUCAGGUUAAAUAAUACUCCCUCCGGAUUUGAAUAUAUGAUGUUUAAAGUUGUGCACACAUAUUAAGAGAAAUUAAAUACUUACUUUUAUCAAAUAUUUUUUUGUUUUACUUUUAGUUAGUUUAAAGAUUUAUUUGAAUCCCAAUAAAAUUCAACCACUUAUAUUUUUUACAUUUUGAUUUAUAUUUUAUUUUAAAAACAAAUGCAUUAAUGAAAAAUAGAACAUCAUACAUUUGUAUACAAGGAAAAAAACUAAAACAUCAUAUAUUCAAAUCCGGAGGGAGUACAUAAACUAUAUGGGUUACUCAAUCUUAAAUUUGGAAUGAUUCAAGUUUGAUGACAUUUUAGAUGAACUGUGAUGAAUUUAAAGUUGUUAUGAAGAUAUAUAAAUAAAAUCAAAAAUAAAGUUUUCCAAAGAACACAGUAAAACCAAAUUUGAAAUAUUUUACAGAAAUCACCAUAAACUCUUGAAAUCAGACGAAAAAUCUCUUAUAAAGUUUACAAACAUUUAAGGUGUUUUUCAAAUCAUAGGUUGAAUAAUGGAAGAGUUUGAAAUUAAUAUGGAAGAAAACUUGUCCUAUACCAUGAAUUCAGAAACAUUGAAAAUUUCCAGAUCCAACAGAUAGAUUUUGAUUUAAAAAGCAUAUACAAGAAUAUAAGUCUUCCUAAAAAUUAGAAUCUAAUAAAACCCCCAAAAAGUUGACCACAAAGCAAAAGUAGACAACUAUCAAAAUUGGGAAAAUUGUUUUUUUUUUUGCCAAAAAAUGCAUAUUAGGUUAAUUUUUUUAUGUACCAUUUUUUCUUCUAAUACCCUUUAGUAUUUUCCAAAAUAAAUCAAAUAAAUAGUUUUACAAACAAACAAAAAAUUCAAAAAAUAGUAACUAUUGACAAAAUAACUAUAUCAACUUAUUGGUAUUUUUUCGGUUCUAAAAAUUUUUAAAUCAUAAUUCCAUAUUUUGUUCUAGAAAAAGUAGAAUUGACAUUCUACACAGUAGUAAAUGUAAUCCACUUUUUCCAUUGAAUCUAAUAUGUUUAGAAAACGCAAUUUACGCAAAUAAUAGUAGUAUAAAAAAUAUUUGGAAAACACUUUAUGCUCUUAACAUAUCGUUCUAAAAUCUGUAGAAUCCGGAAUCUACACAUUACUAUAAAUCUAAAACCUGUAGAAAUUGGAAUUUCACACAUUACUAUAAAUCUAAAACUAGUAGAAAUCAAUUUCAAACAUGUUUACUGUGUUCUAUAUAUAGUAGAAUACAAAUUCUACAUAUAAGGAUAAUCAAUUCCAAAAAUAUGGGAAGAGAAUAUUUGGAAAUAUUCAAUUUUCUUGUAUUUAUUAAAUAGAUUUUUUUAAAAAAAAAUCGUGAAUUAGAAAAUCAGUUUUUAAAUUAAAAAAAAAAUCAAAACAUUGAUUUGGAAACUUUUUCUCACACCAUAUUUUUUUCCCUUUGUUCUUCAAGGAGAAGAGAAAAAUGGAUUUGAUUGAUUAGAAAUCGAGUUUUAAGAGUUCAGCUCGUGUUUGUUCGGUUCAAAUCAAGUGGGAAUCAAACAAGAUUUAACCGACGAAAACCAAGAAAUCGAUUUGGAAGACUUACAUGGGCACGGGAUCGAUCGAUUCCGAAGACGCGACCGAUAGAUCAAAGUAGGAUCGAGCUUAUGCAAUCGACUGACCUGGCCUAGGUCGAUCAGUAUAUACUCUGCAUAUUUUCGUUGUUCUGGAUAUAUUUAUCAGGAUCAGACAGUUCUAAUCAAACGGUUGCUUACGGGAUCGAUCGAUCCCUUUGAGUAAAAAAAACUUUGAACUUUAGUUUUUUUUGGGGAUUUUUAAUAUUUUUUAACCCAUGUUUUAUUAAUUGUAAUUUCGAAUUUUUAAUUGAAAUUAAAGGUAGUGUUGCCAUUUUGAAAAUAUUUAGACUAAUAGAACAUAAAGUAUAUGAGAUUAGCCUAAUAGGACAUAGUUAUCAUUUUUGUGGCCUAAAAAAACAAUUUUCUCAUUAAAAUUUUAGUUACAGUUGAGUAAUAUAACAUAUGCUGAACAGACUUAAAGAGUAUUUUAAAAAUUCUUGACAAGUAUAACAGGAAAACUAAUGAAAAGUAUAUAUAUACACUUUGAUAACUUAAGAAAACACAUUCUGACAUUCGUUAUCAGCAAUUAGGGAUUCUAAAUUUUAAAUUUAUUUUUUUUAUCAAUGAUAUGCGUCAGGUAUAAUACUUCAUAUGUUUGAAUAUAUAAGCAGUAUUGAAUAUUUCUUACAAUAUAAGUAGUUUUCGAAGCUUAAUGCAAAAGGUAAAGGGAUAAAAAAAUAUUUAAACAAAAUUUUAAAAUCAAAUAUGGAAACGUUAUUUAUCAUGGGUCCCUUUUCUCUUCAAUUAAAUGCUAACCAUAACUGACAAAAAAAAAUGCUAACCAUAAAAAAAAUAUUCCAUCGGUUCUGAAAUGUAAAAUGUUUAGAAUAACUUUUAUGUUUCAAUAUAUAAGAUGUUCUCAUCUUUCUAGAUAACUUUAAGUUUAUCAAAAAUUGUAUAAUCAAUCAAAUUUAAUAGUUUAUUUUGUAAUUGGUUGAGUAGUUUUUAGUUUAUAAUUUUAAUGAUACUUUUUAGGUAAAAAGUAAUUUUUUAAUAAGUGUGCACUAUCCAAAACAUCUUACAUUUCAGAACAGAGAGAGUAUUUUUCUUAAUUUUAACUUAAAUUAAUUAUAAUGUUAAACAGAGAGUAUUAUAAAUUAACUAAAAUUUAUACUUUGUUUAGCUACUAACUACUUUAAAUGGAUUGAAUCUCCUCAUCAUAGUCGUGGCGUGUUCCUAAUUACGAAGAGUUAUCGAGGAGACUAAGAUGAUUUUUAUGUUCCAUUUAUUACUUUUCUUGAACGUGAGAGCAUUUAUUAAUUAAAAGAUACCCUUCCGUUUCAUUUUAAGAGUCGUUUCAGAUUUGUGCACACAAGUUAAGAAAACAAUUAAUUUUAUAUAUUUUCUAUAUAAAAACAUCAUUACUUUUACACCUAAACAUAUUUCAACUAAUAAAAAUAAAUUAAUAAUUUUGCAUUAAAAAUCAAAAACGAUAUUUAUUUUAUAACGAAAAAAUUAUCUACAACAUACUUAUUAUAAAACAUAGGGAGUACUUGAUACUCCCUCUGUUGCUAAAUUAUAUUCUCUUUGGUCUCUUUUAAAUGACUCUUUAGAAUAUUUCACACAAAUUUAGGCUAUUUACACAAUACCUAUUUUAACUUUUUAUAUAUACUUGAUUUUCUCCGGCCAUUAUUACGACAAAUAGGGUUAAAAUAAGUCAACUUUGGUCCUUUUUUGCCUAGAAUUUUGGAAACGUCAACUAUAGUGGAAUAAAAUAAAAAUACUAAAAUGUCAUUUAAAAAAUUCGGAGGGUGUAUAAGUUUAUAUAUUUUUACACAUAUUAAAAAGAUAUAUUAAUUUUUGAUUAUAAAUUUAUUAUCUUUUGUGUUUAACAAUUUUUAUUUAUUUUAAACCAAUAAGAAUUUAAGAAGUACAAUUAUUUUUCGAAGUAUAAUUUAUCAUUAUUAGCUAAUAAAACAUACCUAAAACAUAAAACUUAUAUUUUUGAUUUUUUAAAAAAGAAUAUUUACCUUUCAGGAACAAAGGGAGUAUUACACAAGUUCAUAACACAACAAUAUGAAACAAAAUGUUUUAAAAGAAUAACAAUAUGAAACAAUACAGUCUCAUAGUGUGUGUGUGUGUGUGUUGCUCGUUGAUAAAAAAAUAAUAGUUGACAUGCUGAUGAAUUGACCUUCGCUAAAAAGAACACUCCAUCAACUACUACUAACUUUUUCCUUGGCUUUCGUUGUUUAAUAGUUGGCAUGCUGAUUUGAAAAUCGCUAAAUUUUGUUAUAUACAGGCGUGUUGUGGUCUUUCGAAAGAUGUGCUUUCGCAAGCUGUGUAUUCAUAUGUUGUAUUUUUGAAUAUGAAUGAUGUUUCAUAAUUUAAAAAGGACACCCAAGGGCACAUGAUGUCGUUUCACAUAUACUAGUCUUAAUCCCAGUUAAAAUAUGCUUCAUAAGUAGUAGAACCCAUUUCGGAUAAUAAAGGUACGGGGAAUAUAAAUAAAUAGUAAAGGAAAAUUGCAUUUUGAACCACGAAGGUAUAAGAAGGUGGCACUUUAAAUUUCGGUGUUAAAAAACUCAUACUUCAAACAAUCAAACCAUUUAUAUUAACACACAAAAUCUUGAAAUUAAUUUACUUCUUUAGCAUGUAAAAAUGUGCAUGUUACUGUUUAUCCAUGUGUAAAAAGAUAUGAUUUGUCUAUUACUUUUUAUAUUUUUGAAUAGUAAUUAAUAAAUAAGAAAUACAGUUAAGAUAAUAAAAAUUUCAAAAUUUAAUUCAAAAAUAAGAAAUAAAUGCAAAAAUAAAUAAAAACUCAUAAUAAUAAUAAUAAUAAUAAUAAUAAUAAUAAUAAUAAUAAUAAUAAUAAUAAUAAUAAUUGAGUAAAAUUUUAAAUCAUCCCUUAUAUACUAAAGCGCAAGUCGCACGAUGAAUCAGAAAUUGCCAUGUGUAAUAACUUUAAAAGAACAAAAAAAAUAAUUGCCACAUGGAAAAUUUUCUAAAAGCAAUAAAAAACAAUUCCGUUUAAAGAAAAUAUUAAAUGCAAAAAAAUAAAAAAAUAAAGCUGUUUUGUUUCUUAAACUGUUUCUAUUUGUUUUUAAUAUAGAAUAAAAAUCUACAUCAAAUAAAAUCCCUUUUAUUUCUCACAUUACACCAUCACGAUCUUUGGAACUGUUAAUCUUUCUGAGAUUUUACUCACUAUGGUAUAAAUUCAAAUUUAUCUUUACGUACAUUCAUUGCAGUUUCCUAAAUUCUCAUGAUUCCACUUACUCUCUCUCUAAGUCUGAAGAAAUUGCAAUUUUAACUAGAUAGAUGGAUUGGUUUCCGACGAGAGUACAAUUCUGAAUGGAUAUAAUCUCUGGCUAAGCUAAGCAGUUGAACAGCAAUAGUUUUCGAGAUAAGUUCUUUUCAAAGAAUACAAAAAACCCAGAAUUUCUUUGGCGAAGGUUGCAGAAAAGUUGACGAUGAAAGUUGAAACCCAGGUUAGUAAGACUUCGUCACUCAUAUCAUAAUUUGUGUAAUGUUUUUUUUUUGCUAAACUGGUAAUUUGUGUAAUGUUAAUUUGUUCAUGAACCUUUUUUCUUCUAUGCUCUCACCUACUUAUAGUUUUAUUUUUUUUUUAUCAAACACCUACUUAUAGUUUCUAUUUCAUUUCUUUUGUUGUUCUAGAUAUUGGGAAAUCUACGUAUUUUGAUGCAGUAUCGUGAUACAAAAGGUAAACCUAACCAAUCAGGUUAAUAACAUUUGAAAAGUGGAAUAAAUUAAUUCACAAUUUACUGAAAUAUGUUUUUUUUUUGGUGGUGACAAUUCAAAUAAUGAAAGUACAAAGCUCAUCUUAAUGCACACUUAGUUAGGAGUAACAAGACCCCUGAUAAAUUUGAGAAGCACCAGAAGAAAAAUUUAAUGUGGUUCUUAUUAAAAAAAAAAAGUAAUCUGGUGUAAAAUAUGUGACUUAAAAACUUAGGUGGAGAAGAAACAAAAGAAGGGCCUAUAUCUGCUAUUCAGAUCAAGACCUUAGCCUCAAGUUCGUCUUCCAUAUUCAUAAUCUUAUAAAACGUGGCUCCAUUAGUUUGGUAUACUUUUGAAUCAAUAUACCCGUUUGCGUUUUUAUCUCAUUAUGUAAUGUUAGCAAUUUUUUAUAGCAAAAAUAAAAACUUCUUAGUAAAUAUAUCACUGAAAAUGAAGAAAGACAAAAAAACAUAAGAGAUGAACAGAAAGACUACAAGAAGUAAUGACAUCAAUAGUCUGAACAAAUUAUUAACUUUCAAAAUAACAUUUUUUACAUCAAUAACAUAUUUAUUGUAAAUUAUAUAUAUUAUAUAAUUUUAAAAUUAGUAAAUAAUAAUGCCCGGUGCGUAGCACGGGAGACAUACUAGUUUAUAUACUAAAUCACAAUCCCUUAUAUACUAAAGCGCAAGUCGCACGAUGAAUCAGAAAUUGCCAUGUGUAAUAACUUUAAAAGAACAAAAAAAAUAAUUGCCACAUGGAAAAUUUUCUAAAAGCAAUAAAAAACAAUUCCGUUUAAAGAAAAUAUUAAAUGCAAAAAAAUAAAAAAAUAAAGCUGUUUUGUUUCUUAAACUGUUUCUAUUUGUUUUUAAUAUAGAAUAAAAAUCUACAUCAAAUAAAAUCCCUUUUAUUUCUCACAUUACACCAUCACGAUCUUUGGAACUGUUAAUCUUUCUGAGAUUUUACUCACUAUGGUAUAAAUUCAAAUUUAUCUUUACGUACAUUCAUUGCAGUUUCCUAAAUUCUCAUGAUUCCACUUACUCUCUCUCUAAGUCUGAAGAAAUUGCAAUUUUAACUAGAUAGAUGGAUUGGUUUCCGACGAGAGUACAAUUCUGAAUGGAUAUAAUCUCUGGCUAAGCUAAGCAGUUGAACAGCAAUAGUUUUCGAGAUAAGUUCUUUUCAAAGAAUACAAAAAACCCAGAAUUUCUUUGGCGAAGGUUGCAGAAAAGUUGACGAUGAAAGUUGAAACCCAGGUUAGUAAGACUUCGUCACUCAUAUCAUAAUUUGUGUAAUGUUUUUUUUUUUGCUAAACUGGUAAUUUGUGUAAUGUUAAUUUGUUCAUGAACCUUUUUUCUUCUAUGCUCUCACCUACUUAUAGUUUUAUUUUUUUUAUCAAACACCUACUUAUAGUUUCUAUUUCAUUUCUUUUGUUGUUCUAGAUAUUGGCAAAUCUACGUAUUUUGAUGCAGUAUCGUGAUACAAAAGGUAAACCUAACCAAUCAGGUUAAUAACAUUUGAAAAGUGGAAUAAAUUAAUUCACAAUUUACUGAAAUAUGUUUUUUUUUUGGUGGUGACAAUUCAAAUAAUGAAAGUACAAAGCUCAUCUUAAUGCACACUUAGUUAGGAGUAACAAGGCCCCUGAUAAAUUUGAGAAGCACCAGAAGAAAAAUUUAAUGUGGUUCUUAUUAAAAAAAAAAGUAAUCUGGUGUAAAAUAUGUGACUUAAAAACUUAGGUGGAGAAGAAACAAAAGAAGGGCCUAUAUCUGCUAUUCAGAUCAAGACCUUAGCCUCAAGUUCGUCUUCCAUAUUCAUAAUCUUAUAAAACGUGGCUACAUUAGUUUGGUAUACUUUUGAAUCAAUAUACCCGUUUGCGUUUUUAUCUCAUUAUGUAAUGUUAGCAAUUUUUUAUAGCAAAAAUAAAAACUUCUUAGUAAAUAUAUCACUGAAAAUGAAGAAAGACAAAAAAACAUAAGAGAUGAACAGAAAAACUACAAGAAGUAAUGACAUCAAUAGUCUGAACAAAUUAUUAACUUUCAAAAUAACAUUUUUUACAUCAAUAACAUAUUUAUUGUAAAUUCUAUAUAUUAUAUAAUUUUAAAAUUAGUAAAUAAUAAUGCCCGGUGCGUAGCACGGGAGACAUACUAGUUUAUAUACUAAAUCACAAGUCACCUAUCAAAUAAAAUUCUGACACAUGGAAUUUGGUUUACAAAUUUAAGAAAAAAAACAAAAACAAAAGAAUUUAAAUGGCAACAAUCAGUUUCGUGAGUUUUGCUUAUUUAUCUUUUAACUGCUUUUAUUUUUUUUAUAAAUUAAAAAUCCCUAAUAUUUCUCAUACCUACACCCAUGAUCUCAUUCUCACGAUUUUGGAACGGUUAAUAUUUCUUUUUAGUUAAGAUUUAACUCACAAUACCAGUAACUUAAUUCAACUCUACUCGCUUUCAGAAACUUUGAUUCCUAAAUUCUUUGUAACAGCCCCUAAUUCUAUCUAAAGAGCGUAUUCACACUAUUGACUCUACAAUACUUGAUCCAUAUUGACAUGGAGAAACGGUGGCAACAAUAGUUUUACAAGAAAACAUAAAUCUGUAGUGGACAGGUGGUUGUGCGUACUCCAAAGUUUGUUGAUGAAUGUCAGGUUGGUAACUUUAAAAAUGCCGAAACUCUUUAUGUUCAAUCAUAAAUUUCUCUUUUUCUAAACUUCAAUCAUAAAUUUCUUUUUUCGUUUUUACAGAAAUAGGCAAAAGCUACAUCUGGCAUGGUGAAAUAAAUAAACGUUAACAAAACAAGUCCAUCAACUUUUCAAAAUUGAUUAAAAAGUUCUCAAUUUGCUUGAAUAUGCUUAUUUUGAAUGGUGAUGAUAAAAAGUUCUGGCUUUUUAGUUUAUAUGGCUUACACAAUCGCAAUAACUCAGUAUGUUUGUGGUUAAUCAAAUAAUAGAUGUGUGUUAAUGGUUUGUUUAUGUAUAUUCAUCUCCUUCAGAUAAAUCAAGUUAUAUUAUACAAUUUAUAUAAAACUGAAAUUUGGUAUUUCUGUAACAAAACAAUAUUCCCAUGCGUAGCAUGGGGCCAAAACUAGUUUAUUAAUAAAUUAAAAUCAUUCAAAAAUAAAAUAAAUCUAAAAAGAAAAGUUCAUAAUUUUCUAAAUAAGUAAAUAAGUUCAACAUAUGCGAGUGAAAGUUUCUGACAUAUUUGCUGUAUAUAUUGUUUUUAAAUUACUCGGAUACAAGAGAUGCGGAUAUGCACAGACCAAAAGAUUACACUACCAAUAUUUCCUUAUCUCAAAUGGAUUUAUAAUCUGCCAUUACUUCUGCUCCAGAUUUAACUUUUUAUAAUUAUAUAUAUUGAUAUUGGUUCGGUCACAGCAAAACAGAUUUGCUGGUUUCGUUGCUUGUCCAGCUGAGAAACCUUUUGUAGGUCAGUUUAUAGACAUGAAGAUCGCUGGAAAUAUUAGUGCAAACCUCGAAGCUUGCAAAGGAGAUAUGUCAAAUAGAGGAGCUCUCCCAGACAAUGUGCAGAAUGAUAACUGAGUAAACAGAGAUUGACUCUGAAGAAGAAUGGAGGAUAAAGCUAACUAAUAAUUUAUUGAUUUUCUAUGCAGCAUUGAAGACUGUACUCUAACCUUCAUCUCCUGUAAUAAACAUUCUACAGUCAACUGAUAAUUCCACUCAAUGGUUGCUUAAUAUCUAAACUCAUUUUCAUCAUCAAAUAUUUGAUUUUUCUUUGACAGCUAUGCAUAUACUCUGUGAGGAUAUAGAUCAGGUAGACCGCAAGGUCUCAAAGAUAUACUCUAGCUUCUGUGAGUAUUGCGUAUUGAAGGCAACGUUUUUCUCAUAUAAAGAAAGCUGAUUCUCGGGUACUUUAUUUGUGUUUUGUUUCAUUCGGUUUUAGCUACAAGCUGUGAUGGCGCAAUAGUAAGCAUAAACAUUGAACUCUGUUUGCAUGCUCAGUCAUCAAGUUUUUUGCUCCAGUUUUGUAGAGACAGAUGGUGAAUGCUAUGGUCGGGUCAGGUGGAUAGAGAUUGGUAAGAUAACAUGCAUUUUUAAGCUCACACAUUUCAAACAUGUAAGAUUUACUUCCCUUCCACAACUCGGUGGUGCACAUCUCUAACAUGUAAGCGACGGAGAGAGCGAGAUGGAGCACGCGACGGAGAGUGUGAUGAGAGAUGGCAAAGGAUAUUGCUGCAGUGAAAACUGUCACGAGAGAGGUUGAUAGUCUCUCGGACAUACUGAGUUUAUAAGAGUUGUAAUUUUUUUGGUUUGUUUUUAUAGAAACAGAGGAAUGAAAGAUUGUGUUCAAGUUGAUUAGUUUCAAAAAUAAGUUGUGUUUAAGAGCUGCAAUCUUUCGAAGUUUCUAAAAACUGAGGAAUGAAAGUUACGGUGGAUGAGUCUGACAUGACUGCAAAGCUUCUCACGAGUCAGUUGCUCAAAUUUGAUGGCAUCGAGUACAAAAAGUUUCAAACUUGUUUGCAACAAGAACAGAGUUAUUGCUUACAUACAAGAACAAUAUUGACCAAAGUGUAAUCUAAAGAAGAUAGUAAACUUUGAGCAUUCUGAUUCAAAAAAAUGUCUGAUUUAUUUUAGAUAUACAUUGCAUAUCAUGAAUACAAAGAAUCAGAAAAGUUUAGAGAAAGACUCAUAACUGGUAGUGGACACAUCAUACCAACAAAUAUGAUGACCAAACAACAUAUAUAUAACUCAAGUUUAAUUUAUACAAUAUAGAAAAUUACAAUCAAAAGACUAUGAAAUAUAUUAAAUUUGUUGACUAAAAACCUUAAGUUAUGUCGGGAUAUAUAUAUAUAUAUAUAUAUAUUGUAUAUUUGUGAUAAAAUUUCCAAUCACAUAAAUGGUUAUAAAUUUAACUAAAUUACGAUAUAUAACGUGAUAUAUAUCUUCAAACAGUUAUAUAAUUUUAUAUAACAUUUAAUGUUGAGAAUUAAGCUACAAACGUUUUAGUUAAUUUUUUUCUCUUCAUAUAAAUAUAGUAAAAUUAAUAGUUCAAGCUAUACUAAUACAAAAAUCUAUUCCAAACCACAACAUUUUAGUUUACCAUGAAAAAAGAUUAUUUCAAACAAUAAAACAAUAAUAGAGUAGAAAAAACAAUUAGAUUAUUUCAAACAAUAAAACAAUAAUAGAGUAGAAAAAACAAUCUUAAUCAAAUAAAUACACAUCAAAAAUAAAACUAAAUAAAAUAUAGAAGAACAGUAUCACAUCAUGUAGUUACUCUGAAAACUUUAAAUCAACAACAUAAAAAUAUUUAAUAACAGCCGUGAAAAACAAAAUUGGUAGGGAACCAAGAUAUAAAUAAUACCAUAGUAAAUAUGAUACAUAUAAUGUAAUAGUGAACUUACCACU